AUGUCUGCCUCUGAUUCUGGAAGAGGGAGGAAGAGGAAAAAUGUUGCGGGUAACCAAACGAAUCCUGGUUGGGAACAUGGAAUUGAAAUAGUUACUGCAACCAAAAAGGUACAAUGCAAGUAUUGUAACGUGACUCGAUCGGGAGGUAUAUUUAGAUUAAAACAUCAUUUAGCUUGUACUCAUCAAAAUGUUGAGUCAUGUCCUCUAGUCCCAGAAGAUGUUAGAGGAAAGUUCAUGAGUCUUUUAAGAACUCAAACAUUAGAGUCUCAAAAUAAAAAGAGAAAGAUGUUUGAUGUUGGUGAUGAUUCUGAAGAGGAGGUGGAACUAUUAUCAUGUCAUCAUCAAAACAAACAAAAACGGGUGGGUGCCAUGGAUAAAUUUGUGAUGAAGAAAUCUGGACGUCAAAAUCAAAAAACUCUCAAUCAAAUGUUUAAGAAAGAAGAGAGAGAUGAUAUUGGGGAUUAUGGAAAAGGACUUGUGCCACCAUCUUACCAUGAAAUUAGGGUGACAUUUUUAAAAAAAGAAGUGCAUGAGACACUACAAUUGGUUGAUGAGUUUAAGGAACAAUGGAAGAAGACCGGAUGUACAAUUAUGUUGGAUGGAUGGUCAGAUAGAAAGAGAAGAUCCAUAUGUAAUUUUCUUGUGAAUAGCCCUAAUGGAACUAUUUUCUUGUCAUCACUAGAUACAUCCGACAUUUCAAAAACGGGUGAAAAGGUUUUUGAGAUGUUAGAUGAGGUUGUUGAGAAGGUUGGCGAAGAAAAUGUUGUGCAAGUUGUAAUUGACAAUGCUUCUAAUUAUAAAUUGGCGGGACAAAUGUUAAUGGAUAAGCGAAAGGGCUUGUUUUAG